AUCCAUGAAAUCCAAGUUCAAAUAAAACUUUGAUAUUAUUUGUGUUAAUUUCCCUUCCAGCCCUAUUAGGAAAAUCUCCAGCACAGCCUUUGGAAGGCAGCUGCUCCACAACAGCAACUUCAGCAGCAGCAACGGCAGCACAGAGGACUUGUUCAGAGACAGUAUCGACUCCUGUGAUAUCGACAUCACCGAGAGGGUGAGUUACCUGGAGAAGAAGGUGGCCGAAUUGGAGAACGACAAUCUGAUGAGCGGAGAUCUCAAGUCCAAGCUGAAACAGGAGAACACCCAGCUGGUUCACAGGGUCCACGAGCUGGAGGAGCAGCUGAAGGACCAGGAGACGCGGGCGGAGCAGACCAUGGAGGAGGAGCUGAGGAGACACCGAGAGGCCUUCAGCAAGAUGGAGAGAGACAAGAGCACCGAGAUCGAGCUGCUGUCUAACAGACUUCAGCAGCUGGAGGAGGAGAACGGAGAGAUAGCGAUGUCCAUGUGCCGGCUCAAGAGUCAGACGGAGAGACUGGAUGAGGAGAAGCAGCGUAUGACUGAUAAGCUGGAGGACACCAGCCUGCGUCUGAAGGAUGAGAUGGACCUCUACAGGAAGAUGAUGGACAAGCUGAGGCAGAACAGACACGAGUUCCAGAAAGAGAGGGAGGCCAUGCAGGAGCUGAUCGAGGACCUGAGGCGUGAGCUGGAGAACCUGCAGAUGUUCAAGCUGGAGACGGAGAGGCCGGGCCGUGGCCGCAGCUCCUCCUCCAGCCUGUCUGAGUUCAACAGCAGGACCCGGGAGAUGGAACUGGAGCACGAGGUCAAGAGACUCAAACAGCGGUAUGUCAACCAGGACUUUCCCUCUGACCUCCAGCUCCUGGUGUCUGCCGGGGCAAGACUCCGUCCUUGUCCAAGGGAGAACCAGAAGCUAAGAGAGCAGAACGACGACCUGAACGGCCAGAUCCUCAGCCUGAGUCUGUACGAGGCCAAGAACCUGUUUGCCACCCAGACCAAGGCCCAAUCACUGGCCGCCGAGAUCGACAACGCCUCCAGAGACGAUCUUAUGGAAGCCCUCAAGGAGCAGGAGGAAAUCAACUUCCGCCUCCGACAGUACAUGGACAAGAUCAUCCUGUCCAUCCUGGACCACAACCCCUCCAUCCUGGAGAUCAAGACCUAGGGUCACCCCCUUCUUCCACCCUACCAUCCCUCUCUCUCCUUCUGGGAUAAAUAAGGGAAAGGAAGAGGAACCGCACUGAAAUAGUUCCACAUCGCCCCCUACUGCCAAGGUGGUGAAAGUGAACUUUGGCUAUCCAUCAGAGGCGACCAGGGACUUCAUUUCGUUGACUCAACGACUAAAGGGAGUUGUCGGGGGUGGGGGGACCGAGCUUGUGGUUCGUCCGUGACUGUCUUGUGGACAGGUGUGUGAUAUCUCUUGUGCACUUUUUACUCCGUUUUCAUCUGUCAUUCCCCUUGGCUUAUGUCUCAAAAACAAUUCUGGGGAAUUGUGAAAAGGGGGGGCUUUCAAUAUGGAGGGCUUUAGUCGUUUAACAAGGGUUGAAUAUGUAGCUGGAACAAUGUGAAUAUAAACCAUGUGUAUCUACUGUACCCGACCGCAACAUCAUAUGUUGUAUUUAGUAUCUAUGAUUAGAUAUAUGCAAAGACCCACAGAAGAGCAGAACAAUGGAGGGAGUCAGGCAGGCUGACAUUUCAAACCCUAUCAUUUCUGCUGACACAACUGUAAACAAGUGGUGGGAGAGUGCCCACACAGUAGAGGCAUGUUGAUGAUGAACGUAAAGAAGCAGGUGUUUCUGACUGUGCUAAAGGAAGUUUGAGAGAGACAGGGAAGUACAUAGAGGGAAGAAGAGAGAGAGAGAGACGGAUAGAUAGAAAGUUUGAGCGAGAAAGGACCAACCAGAAAGAUAAACAACCAUGUAUGAGGAAUAACGUUUCGAGGAAAAAGGAAGGGAGAAAACGAGAGUGUCAUUCAAAGGCCUCUGAAGUCCGAGGCCUCUAAAUGUGCAGUGUCCAUGCCGAGACACAGGAAAUAGUUCAGUUAGACAUGGAAUGUCUACAGGGCGUUGACCAAGGGCCCACUGCUGCUCACCCGAUGACAGAAGCCCUCCUUAGUCAGCAGCGGGUUAGGCCUACUUGAGCUACAUGGGGCCAGUUUGACCCAGGUGUCUGACUAAUUGAGGGUAACUGUUUAUCUAGCAGGGGCUUGCAAUAGCAAUACAUGCACAGGAAUGUUACAUUUACACAGUGGAUAGGAAGGUACAGAAUGUAUUCUGCGUCUUAACAAUGGGACUGUCACUGUUUAGACAUUUCUCAGUUCUACAGUAGGGUUUUCAGUCACCCCCAACAUCCCUAUACAUACAGCAGUAACAUGCGGUAUGCACUGGAGAAACUGGCUACCGUUUGGAAUGAAAUACUGGAAAAGCAAUGUUACUGGGAUGUAUUUGGGUUGCACUGUCACGUGUGCUUAUUGAUUUCAAUACUGUAAUUCUCAUGAAUGUAUCACUUUGCAUUUUUGUAAAUCCUAAAGGCUCUCACUGUACAAAUCUUCAAUUUGUUGAGGUACUUUUUCAAAAGUUAUUCAGUUAAGUGUAUUUGGCAGGACGUCUUUAGGGAAAGGUGAACCGUUAUGACUGAUGUAAACUUACCUCUAGUUUUGCUCCUUGCACAAGUGUUUCUUUGUGCAUGCUUUCACCUUUUCUGAUAUAUGUGCCUUUAAAACAAAUUAAUUUUACUUUCAGUAUAAGUUAUAGGCUACUGUUUAGCCAGCUCAUCGAUGCUACAUUGCAUUCAAGUCUGCCUAACUAAAUUACAGUAUAGUAGGCCUACGUGGCUUGUACAGAACUAGUGAUUUCCAUGUGCCACUCACAACUCUUUUACAGGCCAGUAGCCUACAUGAUGACUUUUUUAACGUUCGUCAGGAAAUAGCAAGAUUGUCUGAGACAUCUACUGUACCGCAAAUGAAAAAAAGUAGACCGAUAGCACAAUGCUUUGUAUCUAAGCUAAUACGCAUUUGAGUAGUCUAAUAUUACAUUUUCACCGUUUUUAUUUUUUGUGAUGCCCUGUUUAUGAAUCCUGUUUUGUUUGAAUGCUGAAUUUGUCCCUUUUAGAAAUGGUGAGUCCAAUUGCUUUUCAGGUUGUUCGUUUCGGCUAUCCUAACUUUUGGGAUAUUUAUCCCGUCUUCCUAUACGGCCCUCCUUGUGAUAGUUCUGUACUCAGUGUAGAAGUUCCAUCAAUAGAGGUAAUUACAGUGAGAGACGGUGAUGACAGUUAUUUGAGGGUUAUCGGUAGGCUAUAUUCUGUUACUUUCUUUGAACCUAGCCGUGUUAAACGCCGUAACCACCUGCUGUAUGUGGCUGUACUGUGUACGCUACUAAUGUGAGGUUUAAAUGCGAUGUUGGUGUACAUACUUAUGUUGUACAGUCAAUAAAGACAAUUGCCUUGGCAUGAUAA